CGUUGAAUUGUGCUACGGAAUCGAGCGAACUCGUAUUUAAAGCUUGCCGGAUAUUUCCGAUUUUUGCCGAAUGCCACGUUAGCAGCGGCGUGUCUCCAGUAUUCCACGGAUUGGAGAAGGCGAACUAUGGAGUUUUAUUCGUAUCUCUUUGCAUUUCUGCUUAUGUUCCUUGUUCCAGAUGUAUACAGCUUAAUGUUUCAUCUACCUGCAAACCAGAAAAAAUGUCUUCGAGAAGAAAUUCACAAGGAUUUAUUGGUAACUGGAGAAUAUGAGCUGUCAGAGGCACCCGGACAGAAAACAAAUUUGGCAGUUACAGAUUCAAAAGGACAUAUAUUAUAUUCUAAACAAGAUGCAAAAAAAGGAAAAUUUGCUUUCACAACAGAAGAAUAUGAUGUAUUUGAAAUUUGCUUUGAUAAUAAAAUGAUAGGCGGUGGUCAUGGUGCUGAUCGGGAAGUUUCUUUGAUAAUGAAGCAUGGCAUUGAAGCUAGAAGCUAUGAUGAGCUUGCAAAAGCUGAAAACUUAAAACCUCUGGAACUUGAACUACGGCGGCUGGAAGAUUUGUCCAAGUCAAUUGUUGAUGAUUUUGCAUACAUGAGGAAUCGAGAAGAGGAGAUGAGAGAUACCAAUGGUAAAGUUUUAUUUAUUUUUUCUUUUAUUCACUGUUACUUAGGGUGUUUACUUUUCUUUUCUUUUUUAUUAACGUCAUUGUCUUACCUUUGGUCAAAGUUUGCAAUACUUUAUUACUGAUUUAAUCUUUGUUUAAUUUUUUACCAAUUUUUGAAAAUGUCUUGUUAAAUUUUUCAAGUCACUCAAAUUAUCUUUCAUAAAUACUUGUUCUGCACUACAUUUUGAUUGGUGCCUUAUCCUUGUGGAGAAACUUCUUAGAACCUACACUUGCUAAGUGUGUGUGUCCAAUUCUUCAAGCUCUGUCAGUUUUUUCUCUUGUUGUUUAAACCUAGGUCAGCCCUGAUUUAGCAUGCUUUUGGUCAAAGAUGCUAAAGCUAUAACCAUUCUAUUAUGUAAUGCAAUUUUUUCUCUUUUAAGAUGUUAGGAUAUGACUGGAAGGAAAUUUUGUUGCUACUUAAAUCUUUUAAUUAUUGACAAAAGUAAGUUAGUGAUGAGAUCACUGGGAUGUUGCUUACCUGAAAGGACUGAUGCUAUAACUUGAACACUGCAUUUGCACAUUUAAAUUUUUAAUAUUUGGGACUAAGAUUACAAGAGAAGUAUAGUGUGUAGUUGCCUGAAUAGAUGCAAAUAUUAUUUGUAAUAGAUCAGUUGUUGAGAAUAAUUUAUUGUGAUUGUAAAAAAACAAGAUUCUUAGCAGAUUAAUUGUUGUGUUGAAUUAUAUCAAAGUGUAUCAGUAAAUACAGAAAUGAAAUUAGGAUCUAUCACAUCUGAUUUAAGUAUUCUUUAUAAAGUCUUUGAUAGUAAAAAUGAUGUUCAAUUGUUAAAUAGCUGUGACAUAUUUUUAUCUGUGACUUAUAACUCUGUGCUUACUCUCAUUUUGAAUGAAUCUGUAAUAUUGCCAGCAUGUAGUCUGCUUCCUUUACAAAUAAGUUAGUUUUGUUUUCAUAACAUAAGCUUUAAAAAAUGUUUAGUGUGCAGUUACAAAAAAAUCAUAGGAAUUUUUGAUGUUCUAUUCAAGUUAAAAAGUUCAUUGAAAAUUACAUUUGGUGAUAUUGGGGAAAAUCUUGGUGGGUUACAUUAGUAGAGAACUGUGGGCUUUGGAAACAAGAUAAUUUUAGAAUUCAUCAUCAUUUAAUAUCAUCAUCAUUUUCCUUGCUAGCAGAAGUUAGAUGAUUUAACAAGAUCUGACAAGCCAUAGGGCUGCAGCAAGUUCUAGUGUCCAACCAAUUUACAGUGUGUACUGGUUGCUUUUUCAUUUAUCAUCAUCGUUUAAUGUUUGUUGUCCAUCCUGGCAUAGGAUUUAUGGUUUGACCAGUGCUAGCAAGCUGGAAGGCUGCACCAGGCUCCAGUUUGAUUUGGAAUGGUUUCUACAGUUGGAUGCCCUACUUAAUGUCAACCACUCUGAGAGUAUAAUGGGUACCAUUUGUGUUACUACUAUUUUACUUUGCUUAAUGGGUCUUCUCAAGCAUGGCAUAAUGCCAACAGUCUCCAUCAUUUGUCAUUGACCCCAUGAGGCCCAACACUUGAAAUGUGCUUUCCACAUGCCACUGGCAUUAGCUACCUUGCUCCAUGAGGUGCAACACUUGAAAGGUGCUUUUUACAUGCUACCAACAUGGAUGCCAGUUAUGUGACACCAGCAUUGGCCACGACUACAAUUUCACUUGAUGGGUCUUCUCAAGCACAGCAUAUCACCGAAGGUCUCCGUCACUAGUCGUUGCUUCUGUGAGGUCCAAAGUUCGAAGAUCAUACUUCACCACCUUUUCCUAUGUCUUCCUGGGUCUACCUCUACCACAGGUUCCAUCCACAGUUAGAGAUUGGCUCUUCUUUACACAGCUGUCCUCGUCCAUAUGCAUCACAUGACCAUACCAGUGCAAUCAUCUCUCUUGCACACCACAUCUGAUGCCUCUUACGCCCAACUUUUCUUUCAAGAUGCUUACAUCUUG